AUGGCGCCAAAUAGCCAGACGCCUGGCGACUAUGAUGGCCUGUCCUCGAACCAAAUUCCCCUCCAAGACCUCUCCAGAUUCGAAGGCCCCGCCGAGGAACGCGGUAGAGGUCGCGCCAACAGCGCGGGGAACAGUCUUUUCUCUCGACGGUCAUUGUUAAGAGGAGGGUCGCGGAGGCAUUACCAGAGCGUAGCCGAGGAUUCACCGGUUGAACUAGUCGGCGCGAUCAGGAAUCCGUUCCGACCAGUUCGUUAUGGCGGCCGCGACUCCGAUGAGAUCCCUCCUGAAGCCCUGGCGCAAGCAAUGUCAUUUGGUGCUACGUUCGACAACUCGCACCCAACAGCGGCUACGGCCGGGCCUUCUUCGAUGCAUGACUUUAAUGAUUCCACUUCCGAUCUCGAUAAUGUGCCGCUGGACGCCUAUACUUCUCACGAUCACGAUGGCUAUAUGGCCCCACACGUCGAAGAUGAAGACGACACCGCGCGAUUGACGGAUCCACGAUAUUUGCAACCUAUUAGCGGCGCCUGUGGCGAAGAGGGCCGACAGAGCAGUGACACGGGUGUUCACUCUGUACACUUUGGACAUGGAGCGCGACUGGGCGAUGACCUGCCGCAUCUCGAGGAAGGAUUGUCGCGAAGUCGUGGCAGUAGUGCCCGGUCUCGCUCUCUGUCUCCAUCAGCGUCUGGUGGAGCUCUGCAAAGAGCCAGCUCUAUGGUGAAAUCCAUGUCGCAACGUGUGGUCAACUUGAGUAAUGAGCCGGAAGUUAUUGAACAGUCCAUUGAGAGAGAAGAGUCUCACAAAAAUUCGCGACUUGAAGGUCCUCCAAUGCUCCCAGCAAUGCCAGAAUAUGCACAUGACCCGUCACCUAAUGCAACUGGACGGGAAAAGCGGUCAUCAGCAAAGUUGUGGCGAUAUCGAAACAACCCAUUCCGAGGCAGGUCACUUGGUAUAUUGGGUCCGGAUCACCCUCUCCGACUAUGGCUGUGCGAUAUUCUCGUCCAUCCAAUCAUGGAACCCUUCAUUCUCGUCAUUAUCAUCAUCCAGACCAUCCUACUCAUUGUGGAAUCAUCAAAAUCCGUUUUCAAUCGACCAUUAGCGGUGCGAUGGGGCGGCACCCCACUAGACUACGUUUUUUUCGUCAUUUUCGCCAUUUAUACCCUUGAAAUCACUGCCAAAAUCCUCGUUUCCGGCUUUAUAUUCAACCCAGCAGAGUAUAGUACUCUCAAUCGAUCUUUAGGCAUUCGCAAAGCGAUUGCGGAGAAGAGCAGGAACCUGAUCACGCCUCAUCGACAAGCGACAGUUAAAAAAGUCUCGUUUCUCCCGCAAGAACCGCAGGGUUCUAUUCUUCGGUCGUUUACUGGAAUGAAUGCAUUAGAUCCUAGCGCGGGUAAUUACGACGAUCCUCUUCAUAAACGCCGGGUUAGACUUGCCCAUCGGGCUUUUCUUCGGCACUCAUUCAACCGGUUAGAUUUUGUUGCCGUCGUGGCUUUUUGGGUUUCCUUCUUUCUCUCCCUGAUGGGCGUGGAGUCAACGCAUCAGCUGUACAUUUUCCGAAUGCUCAGCUGCCUUCGAAUUUUGCGUCUCCUCGCCCUCACGAAUGGUACAUCUGUAAUUCUUCGAAGUUUGAAACGGGCUGCUCCUUUGCUGGUUCAUGUUGCAUUUCUCAUUGGAUUCUUUUGGCUUCUUUUCGCCAUCGUCGGAAUUCAAAGUUUCAAGUCCAGUUUCCGACGUACUUGUGUCUGGGUCGAUCCAGAGGGCAAAAACAACUAUUCAUCCGGCGAGCAAUUCUGUGGUGGAUAUCUUGACAGCGUCACUGGAGCGGAAAUGCCUUGGCUGGAUCAUUUUGGUAACCCUUCCACUUCUUCCAAGGCGAAAGGGUAUCUUUGCCCACAGGGCUCGCUAUGCAUGGAAGGGCAAAAUCCCUACAAUGGAACCCAGAGCUUCGACAAUAUCGUGCAAUCUCUCGAGUUGGUGUUUGUUCUUAUGAGCUCCAAUACCUUCUCCGACCUGCUCUACAAGACCACCGAUAGUGACUACCUCGCGGCGGCACUAUACUUUGCUUUCGGCUUGGUUAUCCUGAGUUUGUGGCUGGUCAACUUGCUUGUUGCCGUCAUCACGCACUCCUUCCAGGUUAUUCGCGAAGAAAGUAAGCGCAGUGCAUUUGCCGUCCAACAAAUCGAUGCACUCGACAGCGAUGAAAACCUGAAUCGGAAAAUCAGCCCCCUCAAACGCAUUUAUGACAAGACCGAGUGGCUGUGGGUGUGCCUCAUCUUCUUUGAUCUGGUUGUCCAGGCUUUGAGAAGCGCCUCCAUGUCGCGCGAAAGAGCCCAGUUCAUUGAUAAUACCGAGACUGUGGUGACUCUUGUCUUCCUGAUCGAGAUUGUCUUGCGGUUUGCAUCAGAUUGGCGUGUCUUCCAUCGAAAACGCCGCAAUUGGUUUGACCUCUUCCUCGUGGUAGUGACCUGCGUCAUUCAGGUUCCUCCGAUCCAUAAUUCAGGUCGCGCGUACACUGUUCUCACGCUCUUUCAGAUUCUUCGAGUGUACAGAUUUGUCUUGGCAUUCUCUGUCACUAGGAAGCUGAUUAUGGUUGUCUUCCGAAAUGUUGUUGGUUUGCUUAACCUGAUCUUCUUCCUGUUCUUGAUGACAUUCCUCGCAUCUAUCUUCGCAACCCAACUUUUCCGAAGCCAGAUCCCGCCUGAAGACUCUAGUGGUAAUGCAAUCAGCAUCACCUUUGCUGAUAUCUAUAACUCAUUCUUGGGAAUGUACCAAAUUCUCUCGAGUGAGAACUGGACAGACAUCCUGUACAAUGCCCAGACAUAUACUGUGAGUUUCAAUACGGCCUGGAUCUCUGCUGCAUUUAUUAUUCUAUGGUUCAUCGUGGCCAACUUUAUCAUUCUGAAUAUGUUCAUUGCUGUUAUCCAAGAGAGCUUUGACGUGUCAGAAGAUGAGAAGCGAAUGCAGCAAGUGCGGGCGUUCUUGGAGCAGAAGCAUCUUGGUGGAAAUGCGCGAGGCAACCUUGCUCUAUCCAAGAUUCUCCGUCUAGGCAGAGACUCGGAUCGCUACAAGGAUCCUUUGGACCAUGGUCCUGCCGCGAUGGAAAUGCUUCUCAAGGAUGCUGUUGUCCGCGACUUCCUUGACGAGGAGCAAGAGAAUGCAGAAGCUGAACAUGAAAACCGACGUCGAGAAAAUACCAUGGUCCCGGACAGUGCGAAUCAAGAAGCCAUCGAGCCUGGCGUACUGUCUCGACUAUGGACAAAGGCCACCUCGCUCAUUCUCGGCCGUGAACCAAACCCGUUCUACUCCAAGCUGCAAUUUUCACGAGCUUACGAAGAACUGGACCCGCGGACAAUGGCGAAAGAAGUCGCGUCUGCGGCCGAGGCCAGGAAGCGUGCGCAACGAGAAUAUCUCGUCAAGCAUCCUAAUUACAACAAGUCCUUGUUCCUUUUCUCGCCACACAAUCCCAUUCGCAAAGUCUGCCAAAAGAUUGUCGGCCCUGGACGGGGCAAUCAGCGAGUUGAAGGUGUGGAUCCAUACAAGCCGGUGUGGUAUGCAUUCUCGGCAUUCAUCUACGCAGCAAUUGUGGCCAUGGUGCUCCUUGCCUGUAUCACUACACCCCUGUACCAACGACAAUACUUCCGCACCACCCGCAAUUGGUUCGUGUACACUGAUAUGAGCUUCGCUGUUAUCUUCACAGUCGAGGCACUGAUCAAAGUCGUCGCUGAUGGAUUCUUCUGGACACCCAACGCGUUCUUCCGCAGUUCUUGGGGUUUCAUCGACGGUAUCGUGUUGUUGACUCUAUGGAUCAGUGUUGGCAGUUCACUAAGGAAAGACUGGAACAUUUCUCGUGCCAUUGGUGCAUUCAAAGCGCUCAGGGCUUUGCGUUUGCUGAAUGUCUCGGACAGUGCUAAGGACACUUUCCAUUCGGUCAUCAUUGUUGGAGGAUGGAAGGUCGUUGCCGCGGCGGCCGUUUCGAUGAGUUUCCUCAUUCCAUUUGCCAUUUAUGGUGUCAACCUGUUUAAUGGACAGAUGAUCUCAUGCAAUGACGGCAAUUUCGCGGGCAAUCUGACAGCUUGUGUUGGCGAGUAUGCCAGUUCCCCGUACAAUUGGGAUGUGCUGGCUCCGCGAGUCGCAGCCAAUCCAUACUACGACUUUGACGACUUUGGCGAUUCUCUCUUCAUCCUCUUCCAGAUUGUUUCCCAGGAAGGCUGGAUCGACGUUCAGGAUAGUGCGAUGCAAAUCACUGGAAAGGGGCUGCAACCGCAGGACGGGAGCGCGCCGGAGAAUGGGCUGUUCUUCGUCGUCUUCAAUCUGUUGGGUGCAGUGUUCGUCUUGACGCUGUUUGUAUCUGUGUUCAUGCGUAAUUAUACAGAACAGACUGGCGUAGCGUUCUUGACUGCCGAACAACGAUCUUGGUUGGAAUUGCGGAAGCUUCUUCGACAAAUUUCGCCAUCCAAGCGGUCGUUCAAUGAGCGAAGCAACAAAUGGCGCUUAUGGUGCUAUCGAAUUGCUGUCAAGAAACAUGGGCGAUGGGCGCGGUUCGUCACUGGUGUUCUCAUCGUGCACUUGCUUCUUCUGGUACUCGAGUAUUAUCCCGAGCCUAAUUGGUGGGCGACAACUCGCACCAUCUUGUUUUUUGUGUUCAUGUUCGUCUACAUUGCCAACGUGCUCAUUCGGUUGAUUGGUCUUGGGUGGCAUCGUUUCAGUCGAAGUUCUUGGGACCUUUACUCGCUUGCUGCUGUCCCUGGCGCAUUCAUCACCAUCAUUCUCGACUUCUCAUAUCCAACUCAGGUCGUGCUGGAGUUGAACAAACUGUUCCUUGUCUCAAUCGCGCUGUUACUUAUCCCACGGAACAACCAGCUUGACCAGCUCUUCAAGACUGCCGCGGCUAGUCUGCCGGUAAUCGGUAACCUCCUGGCUACCUGGUUCGUAUUAUUCCUGGUGUUCGGCAUCGCCAUGAACCAGGCCUUCGGCCUCACCAAAUUCGGCUCCCAAGAAAACCACAACAUGAACUUCCGUGACGUACCAAAGUCUCUGAUCCUCCUAUUCCGCGCUAGUUGCGGUGAAGGAUGGAAUGAGAUCAUGGAAGAUUUUGCGACGAUGGUACCUCCACUUUGCACAUAUGAUUCCAACUUCCUUGACGACGACUGCGGCAGUGCCGCCUGGGCUCGGACCCUGUUCAUCAUGUGGAAUAUCAUCAGCAUGUACAUUUUUGUUUCGCUGUUUGUCUCGCUUAUUUUCGAGAGCUUCUCGUACGUCUAUCAACGCAGCAGUGGACUGUAUGCGGUUAGUCGUGAAGAGAUUCGCCGCUUCAAGCAGGCGUGGGCGACAUACGACCCGAAUGGAACGGGCUACAUCACCAAAGAGCAGUUCCCCCGGCUACUUGGGGAACUCUCUGGUGUCUUCGCCAUGCGGAUCUACGACAAUGAGUUCACUGUUGGAAGGAUUUUAGACCAAUGUCGAGAAACUCCUCGCGAAUCAGUGCACUCAUUGAGUUCGAUGCACAACGCGUUGCCUCUUCGCUCUCGAGAAUCCGUCCAGUCAUUGCGGCCCAAUGGCGAAAAUACUCUCGCGACAGGUGUUGAUCUCAAGAAACUCUCCCGUAUCAUCGACCGUAUCCCAGUCAAUACCAUUCGUGAACGACGUCAACGCCUGAAUACCUUCUACGAAGAGAUCCUCGUUUCAGCGGACCCAGAACGAGGAAUUUCAUUCCACCAGUGUUUGAUGAUUCUCGCGCAUUACAACGUCAUCAGCGACAGCAAGAGUCUCCGACUGGAAGAAUUCCUCCGCCGCCGAUCCCGACUCCAACGUGUCGAGGAAGCCGUCCGCCGUAACACGGUCAUCGGCUUCUUCGAUACACUCUACUGGUCUCGCGAAUUCCGUCGGGCCUGCGACCGCAAGAAAUCCAGUCGCAUGACCGCCGUUCCGCAGUUCACUGUGCCGGAGAUUUACGUCGACGAUCCCGUUGAAGAGGACCCGGAAGAGCACGCACCUGGAGUCAUGACGCCGCGAACCCAACCAGACCCCGAUUCACCAUUUGCGCCCAUGCUCUCGCCUACGUCGACUUCUCAUCGGCGCGCUGAGUCAAGCCCGACUGGACGCCGGAAUGAUCUUCCCCGGUUGGAUACUACCUUUAGUGGCCGUGCCUCUGGUGCUAGUACCCCUACAGAAUGGUCCAGUAUCAGUCCGUCGCGCACCCCGCGUCGGAUGUAUGGUGAUCGGGUUUCCUUUGAGUCUGGUGAGCGCGACGAGUCGAAUCCUAGAGCCGACCAUUCCCGGCAGAAUAGUGCGAUUAGUGUGCAGGAUGUGAUGCACUCGCUGGACAACUCUGCUUGGGGCGAGAGUAUCCGACGGAGUUUCACGCAGCGGCGACCGGGUGAUCGAUCAAGCGAUCACUAGACCAGUCGUCUUGAGUACGGAGUGCAUGUGUUGACUUGUGCCUCCCGAUGAGAGACGAAAAAGCCAGCCUAUGGAGGUAUGGUCAUAUGAUUGAAGAGCCUUCGGUUCUGUCACGCAAUUUCUUUUCCUCUCUUCCUUUCUCUUUCUUCCACCUUUCCCUGGACAUUCCUUUUUUUUGUAUCCCUGAAUGAUUAGACUUCCGAGGGGUCCCUUUUCUUUUCCUUGCUGUAUUUCCAGUUCGUGUGUUUGGUCGGAUGAUUUCCAUUUCGCUGUAUAUUACCCUCUAUGAUCCCGGUAUCCCUGGGAGCAUUUCUUUGCAUAGCAACGGCGUGGACUUCUUGGCCAUUUUGUCAUGGAUUUCAUUUUCCCCGGCUUUUUGUCAUUUCGCCUCCUUACUCGGUCGGAUAGACAGAGAAUUAGUAGAAUUCAUACCCCGGGGUUAAUAGUCAAUAGGUUCAAUAGAAAGGGC